CUUCAAUACUUUCAGCUCUGGCUACGUUUAGCUCCACCUUCUAAACCAAAGCUUGAUUCAGCAGUGAUGUACUGAAAGACUGAAGAAUUAUUCUCCUUCUGCGAAUAAGAUCAACGUGACCAAAGAGCAACCAUGGAUGUUUUCAUGAAGGGAUUGUCCAAAGCCAAGGAUGGAGUAGUGGCAGCAGCCGAGAAAACGAAGCAGGGAGUGGCAGAAGCAGCGGGAAAGACAAAGGAUGGGGUGCUUUAUGUGGGCUCCAGGACCAAAGAAGGUGUGUUUCAUGGAGUAUCUUCAGUGGCUGAGAAGACCAAAGAGCAGGCAUCUCUGGUAGGAGGAGCUGUGGUGACUGGAAUGUCUACAGUUGCUCAGAAGACAGUGGAAGGAGCUGGAAACAUAGCAGCUGCUACUGGACUGGUGAAGAAGGAUCAAUUGGUGAAACAGGAUGAGGAUCUUUUCCCUCAGGAAGGUGUGAUGGACAACACAGAGGCAUUGCAAAUAGAUCCUGAUGCUGAGGCCUUCGCAGCAGCCCCUGGGGAUGACUACCAAGAUUAUGAGCCUGAAGCUGUACUUUGAAGUCUUCCAUCAACUGUCCUCAAGAGUGUUGUGGCUUUGACCAGGCCCCAUUCCAGUGAUUCCCUCCCACUGAAAUGAGUGCCUGGGAGCAGGACCCUCUCUGUUCUGCAGACAUUGUGUUUGAGGUUCAACAGUAUGAAACUGCCUAGCUGUCUACUGCUUUCCCUUGUAUGUGUAAAAACGAAAGAUUUUGUGUGCGUGCGUGUGUGUGUGUAUGUAUUGUAUCUGUGUGUGUGUGUGUGUGUGAGGGUGUGUGUGUGAAACUUGGUGUUACCUAUUUACUGCUACGUUUUCUAUGUACGAUGGUUAUUUGCUGAGGACGUUGUGUAUACAGUGUACGCAAUGGUUAGCAUGGAGCUAUGCACAUUACAAUUAUCUACUGUGACACUGAAAAUCAGUUUGUGCUGGUGGUUUUUGAUGAGUGUAUGUAAAUAUCUGGUGUUUCUGUGAAACCAAUUAAAACUGAAUAUGCAAAAUG